GAUGACAUUGACACUUACAUUACUCUCAGCGCGAAGAACGCCUAAGAAAAGCUGUCUAGUUGACUGAUAUGCUUAGGGUUGCUGUAGAAGUUAUGUCUAGUGAAGAGAGAAUUCAGGAUUACUCUUGUUGAACCUCUGAGAACACAAGAGUCCCAAAAAUGGGAAGCAGUUUCCUCUGUUAAAUGUCCACUCCACAGUUUGUUUGGGAACCAAUAUUUGAUUAGAUAAGUUACUACUCAGUCCAUCAUACUGGAUCCCUAACUAUCACUUGUUUCCCUCCUCCCUCGCAGACGCUGCUGCCACUUUCAUGCAGCAAUUCCGGCAGAUGGCUUCGAUGCCUCCGCAGGGAUACUCAGGACCCCGAUCUUCUGCUGCUCCUUCUUCUCGCCCUCUGCCACCGCCUGGGGUUCUAACCGGAGAUAGUCGGCAGACUGCUAGUGCUCUACCUUCUCCUUCCUCGACCACCACCUCUAGGGCACAAGCUGUUUUUCAUCACUCCACAUCACAACCUCUCUCGAGCUCUCAAUCCAGGCCACCUACUAUCAACUCCAUGUCAAUCCCUGCCACCACUGGCACCGCUACCAAUCAUCUCCAUAUCGAUAGCCAGAAUCGAGCGCCUGCUCCACACCUUCAAGCUCUUAGACCUACAGCAGCAUCUAUGGCGCCGCCAGUUACUACUAACAUCCCUCAUGGGAUGAUGCACCCGCCAAGUCAACGUGUCUCCACUGUCCUUCCCUCUCUGACUGUCCUGCCCCCGCAUCCGCAUCAGCCUGAAGCAGCAGCAAACCCUGUCCAGCAAAACAACGACGUGGUUUGUUUGUCCGACGAUGAUUGACCGUGUUAAACGCGACAUCAUGCAUUUUGCAUCCCAUAACUUAACAGUUGAAAGCGGAUGGGAGGAGGACUCCGAUUGUUUUAACAUGUGCAGGGAAUUCCUCAUCUGUAUAUCUUUCUUGUGAACAGUCCUGAUGUAAUAGCUAUUUUUGUCAUAGUUUGUGGUGUGGAAUGUUUAUAUAUUCUUCUGCUUCAGCUCCUUUCCAGUCACUCUCACACCACCACCUCGUUGUUGAGUAGGUUCGAAUCUCUGCUAUCAAUUCGUCGCAAGCUCGAGUUCAGAUCAUCUCUUCUUCGGUCGAUGGAUGUAAAUGCAAUCGUACCCUUGUGUGCGUGGAUCAAAUGUGCAGUGUUAUUGUUUCUUGUCAAAGUUGUACUAGCUAGAUUGACUGCCGUCUGAUUUUAACCUCGUCGUUAAGGUCGAUAUAUGUUUGAAUUUGUAAUUAUAUAUUUUUUGCCAUGCUACUGUGAGUUUAUCCUUUUAUUGCUCAUUUUGACUUUUGAG